UAACUGGGGCGGGGUUUAAGGUUACGUGUCUGUUCAGUUGAAUCCGACAGUUUCACUCUCUUAGAGCAAAAAUGUCGAUACCUUGCGGCGCCUUGACCCGGAAUGCUUUGGCAAUCAGGAACUCUGGCAUUUUGGUGAUGGUGCGCAAUGCCCAGACCUUGACUUCAACUGCUCCUGAACCCAGGAUAAAGAAGUUCCAGAUUUACCGCUGGGAUCCGGACACUGCUGGGGACAAACCCCGUAUGCAGACAUAUGAUGUUGACCUAAACACCUGCGGUCCGAUGGUUCUGGAUGCCCUCAUCAAGAUCAAGAAUGAGAUGGACCCCACGCUUACAUUCAGACGUUCCUGUCGUGAGGGUAUUUGUGGCUCAUGUGCCAUGAACAUCAAUGGAGGCAAUACACUUGCAUGCCUCAACAAAAUAGACAGCAAUACAAACAAAGCCACUAAAAUUUACCCGCUCCCUCACAUGUACGUGGUCAAAGAUCUUGUGCCUGACAUGAGCAACUUCUAUGCACAGUACAAAUCCAUUGAGCCCUACCUAAAAAAGAAGGAUGAAACUCAGGAAGGGAAGGACCAAUAUUACCAGUCAGUCGAGGACAGGCAAAAACUGGAUGGCUUGUACGAGUGCAUCCUGUGUGCAUGCUGCAGCACCAGUUGUCCUAGCUAUUGGUGGAAUGGGGACAAAUACUUAGGACCCGCUGUUCUCAUGCAGGCCUACCGGUGGAUGAUAGACUCUCGCGAUGACUUUACUGAGGAGCGGCUGUCUAAACUUCAGGACCCCUUCUCUCUCUACCGCUGCCACACUAUCAUGAAUUGCACCAAGUCCUGCCCCAAGGGACUCAACCCAGCGAAGGCCAUCGCUGAGAUCAAGAAAAUGAUGGCAAUUUACCAAGAAAAGAAAGCGGUUGCAUCAUGAACAGACACGAGUUAAGACCGUUCAGAGCCACUAAUACUACUUCCUCAAUUUCAGCUGAGUGGAGAGAAGAUCUAACAAGGAACGUUGGCAAUUUUUGCAGAUGUGGGCAGUUACGGUGCUGACCAUGCUACAAAACGGUCAACAUAUUUAUUUUCACUUUACGAGUCGCAAUUAAAAAACUUUUUUUAAACAAUCCAGAACCUGAAGACGUUUGAGGUUGUUACAGUCAAAUGCUUUAAAGUGUGUUGUUUAGCCAAAAAAAUGGCUAAGGUCAUCGUAGAAGUUAGCAUAUCUUGCUGGUCACCUCUAUCUUAUUUUCUCAAUUGCAAUACAUGAAAUACAUGAGCUGUCUCAUGUCAGAGGUAAAAA